AUUGUUUACAAGCAAUCGGCGUUGAAGGUUUCCAUGUAGACUCCCUGUGCGUUGACAGCAUUUAUUUUAGCUUGCUCGGUGAGAAAGCAUCGGAUUUCAUUAACGGCAGGAUAAGCGUUUAAGUAGAAAAAGUUUGAGUUGUUCACCACAUUAUUCGGAUCGGACAUUCUUGUGCUUUUAUGUUAAUAAAGAGCGCUCUUAAUGUACAUUCAUUGAAGUGUUAUAUGGUAUUGUGUGCGUCAAAGAGUAAGAAUACGCUUUGAGAGUUGACAGCAAUAAAUACUAAAGGGCAGUUAUUAUAGGCAAUUUAAGGAGAUAUGCUUUUCGAAUCGUUAUAAGAAUCACAACUGAUGCAUCAUCCAUAAUGUCAACGCAAAUCCGAUCCAGUGAACACUGUGUAGGCAUUUUAGCUGUCCUAUUUGUUAGCAUGGCGAUAGGCGGACAGCGUGCGGACGCCUGCACGGAAUCACCUAUUUAUGUAUUCAACUGCAGUAGUGAGCGGCAUUUUGGAGUCCCUCAACUAGCCUCUUCAGCAAUAGAAAUUGACCUGUCACUCAACUACUUAAAAUCAGUUUUCAACUACUCCUUUCAAACUGUUCGGAGCCUACGCGUCCUAUAUUUGAAAAACAACAUAAUCUCCAGUAUAGAGCCCAACUCAUUCGCUGGACUUGUACACCUACAUACACUAGAUUUAUCAACAAACCGUCUACGAAAUAUCACGAACGAUAUUUUCAGAGAAUUGCCGUCUUUGCAAGUUCUAAAUCUUGCAAAUAACAGUAUUGUUACUAUCCAUCAACAUUCGUUUUUCUCACUCGCCAGUCUUAAAGAACUCAUUUUAACCGCGAAUAACUUGAACUGCCAAUGUGGAGAGCAACUUAUGAAAGAAAACAUACAAUACCGAAAUUCGCAAAGCCCUUUCAAAGUCAACGUCAAAGGACCUCUUUGUUCAAACUACGAUAACCAAGAGCUGUUCAAUAUUGAUAUGCACACAUGUACAAGAGGAGAAAGUUAUUGGGAAUCCAGUGUAAAUUGUUACAGCUGUGCUAAUGUUCCUGGCCUUGUGACGUGUGGUACCAAUGGAAUUGCCAAUUGUGGGAAGAAUACGGAUGUUUGCUAUUCCACAAUUACUUACAACAGCAAUAGACUCUGGGUCACUGCGGGUUGCAUGGAUUACAUUGCAUGUCUUGACCUCAUUGCAAAGAACAACAGAACUUGCGUUCAGGGAGAUACCAUUUGCUCCUCCUGCUACCUUGGAAGUCUUUCAAACACAAAGGAUACUGCACGUUAUACGAACGAAUUUGUCUUAAACGUUACUUUGGAGAUAAGGGCAAACUUGACGGAGGCGUUGAACAAUGUAUAUUCAAAUGAAUAUGCCAUUUUUACGAGAAAUAUUGAGAUAGAGGUAAAAAACUUUUUACUUGACGAGAAAGCUGGAUUUUGGGUGGAGUUUUCAAAGCUAAGUACACCCCAAGUAACUGUUCAUUUGAAUAUUCAUUGUACCACUAUUUGGUACAUAACAACAGAUACUGUUAUCAAAGCCUUAUUUGCAAAACUUCCCCAGAUAAUACUCAAUGGAUUGAAAGUAGCAAAAGUGAAUAUCGCAUAUUCCUCGGAUAAAUCAGACUUUUGUCCGCCGGUUGUUGAGAAGACUGUAGAUCGUGGAACAUUUAACUGGCCCCUAACGCAGGUGUCAACAUCGGCCACCAUAAAAUGCCCGUUCCAGUUCAAUGGCUCUUUAAGCACUGCUACGAAGUUUUGUCAAUCUGGCAAAGAGUGGACGAAUUCAUCGAUUGCUCUCUGUCCGCUUGAAGAUGAGCAAUCACGUGAUCUUCAACAGCUUUCUCAAACAUCAAUAACUGAGGAAAACGUUGGCGACGUUUCAUCUGUUUUGUCCACGAUUACCAGCAGAUGGGACUCAUUUACGUCGACGGACAUAGUGAUGGCUGUUGAAACAGUGGAUAAAAUAUUGAACACAGACACGUCAAGCACGAACGACGGUGUCAUUGGCAAUACAGUGGAUACUAUCAACAAUUUGCUUAAUGUCGGAGAUGAUGUUUUAGUUAAGUCCGAGGCAUCUUCUCAAUCGUCAACCAGAUUAAUUCGAGCCGUCGAUAAACUUUUAAGCCGUAUUGAAAAGGACUUUACUGCAGUAAAAUCAAACCUUGCUGGAUUUGUAUCAGCCGGCAGUACUGGCGCAUUCAGUGGUUACACGCUGUCAUUUAAUGAUGGCAUAAAGGACCUUACAAAGUCAGGGAUCGACGUUUCAAAAUCGGCCGUAGAUAUAGGAGCAGGAAUGUCCGGUAUUGUGCUGCCAAAGACAAUGUUGAAUAUUGCUGCAAAAGUUACACUGAAUAUCUAUAGUGAUCCGAAAUUGUUUAAGUCCAUAAGUAAUCAAACAAAAACCGAGCCAUCCUCUAAUGCAAUUUCGGACACCAAUACCUAUACGGGAGUGGAGCGCAAGAUAAACAGCAAAGUUAUUGCAGCCAGCGUACCAGAAAGGGUGAUCACAAAUUUAAGGGAACCAGUAAAAAUUAGAUUAAACCAUGAAAAGAAAGGCAAGAACGUGUCAUGCGUGUUCUGGUCUCUGACAACAUCAGAAUGGCGUUCAGAUGGAUGUUCUGUCUAUACAACAAAUGAGGUCUACACGGAAUGUCACUGUGAUCACCUGACAAAUUUUGCACUGCUAAUGGACGUUUACGACGUUGGUGGAGAACUAAGCGAAUCCAACAAACUAGCCCUGCGUAUUAUUUCCAUUGUGGGCUGCGGGCUGUCAUUGGCUGGAGCAUUGCUGACGCUUAUAAUAUAUGCAAUAUUCAGCAGUUCCAGGCAUAUUCCAGUUACUUCCAGCACACGGCUACGAAGGGACAACCCUUCGAAGAUUCUAAUGCAGUUGUGUGCUGCGAUAGCCGCGGUGAAUCUCGUGUUUCUAGUUGGGGCUCAAGAAUAUUCGGCAAAUAAUAUUGGUGGCUGCAAGACAGUGGCGGUUCUGCUGCACUACUUCCUGCUCGUCAUCAUGUGUUGGAUGCUUGUGGAGGCGUUCUAUAUGUACCAGUCGCUCGUGAAAGUCUUCGAUACAUACAUUGCACGUUUCCAGCUCAAAGCUGCAGUCUUUUCUUGGGGUACACCAUUGAUUAUAGUGGUCGCAACAUUGGCUGUAAACAAAACCGAUAAUUAUGGUUACCGGCCUGGAGGCAUAUGUUGGUUGGAACGUAUCCCUUUCUAUGCGGCAUUCCUUGCUCCAGUAUGCUUAGUGUUUGUGCUUAAUGUCAUCACAUAUGUUCUCGUGAUGAAGCAAAUAUUCAGAAGAAGUUCUAGUAAACUUACAAAAACAGAGCACAGUAAGACAGGUGCUCGUCUUCGUGGGGCAGCAAGUUUGUUGGUGCUUCUUGGACUGACCUGGUCCUUUGCUAUUCUAGCUAUUGGCGACGCUGGAAUAGCAUUUCUGUACCUGUUUGUCAUUUGCAACUCACUACAAGGGUUCUUCAUUUUUAUGUUCUUUUGCAUACUAAAAGAAGAUGUUCGAAAAGCUAUCAAGAGCGUUUUGCCAUGUUUGAAGUCGCCUUACCAGACAACCUCAAGCACAAAUGACUCGAGUGGCACAAGCAUGGCACAGACUACAUCGUCCAACGCAACGGCAACAAAUCAGAGCGAACGCACCUCUGCCAACGCCCAGAACCAACAAGAGAAGAAAAAGCCGAAAUACGAAGUUGAUACAUCCAAAACUACAGCAUUUAGAGGCAAUUGGCAGGUGGAAAUAUCAGAUAAACCAAACAAUAGUUCAUCUGCCUAGCCAUGACUUCAGAUCUAGUUUUAAUGAAACUACAUGUACAAAUAUUUGUGUUAAACGGAUGCCACCUGAACUAUCGGAAGAUGAAAGCUAUACCUAGACCUAACCCUUGUCAACUUGUAAAAGCUUAUUGAUUGUGUAUACAACAGGUGUAUUGCAACGCAUAAGUCAAAUGUAUCGAGAUUAUAAGCAAUAGUAAAAUUCUGAUGACAGAAUGAGCGGACUUGUUUGCCCGUAACUUCAAUAUAAGUAUAUUGCGCAAAUGUGUCUACUUUUGUGAAAUGGUGGUGUACAAUUGAUCACCCAUCGGCUUUAUAAAUACAUGACUUUAAAAGUGUGAUAAAACAAUUGUGCAUCGCUGCCAACUUGGAAGCUGAACGCGUACGCAGCCUUAUACAGACCAUUUCAGUCGAUUCAUUGUUGGGUGUACGUAAACUCAAGCAGACAGGAACGCGUUCAAUAAAUGGAUUUAUUUACGCUAAAGAAGAUAUGAUAACCAUGUUAAGCGACAGACAGUGUUAUAUAUUUCUUAGCGUUUAAAGUUCCUUUAAGCUCCUUCAAACACUCAGGAUCGAUGUUGAUGACAUUAUUGUUAAGCAUACAACGACCGGAAUCUCUUGAACAAAACAGUGACAUUAUUCUGAGAUUCUUUUAAAUGCCGACAUCGUUGCUAGGUACCGUUAGCGCACCCAGUAUCAAGAAUACGAUUCGACAGUGCUAUUAUGGUAUGCAUGGUUAUAAUUGUCUGCAGGAGUGAUGAUCUGGUAUGGGUGUUUAAGGCCUAACGCAUGUGUAAAUAUGAAAUAAUAUCUUGAAUUGUAUUGUAAUAAAUUGAGCCUUUGAACUGAAAA